UGUAAUUCAAUAAAAUUGAUAAAAAAAACUUGAUUUUCCAAAAAAAAAAAAGAGUUAUUAGCCCUUUUUUACAUAAGUAACUUGUACCUAUCAAAAAAAAUUCUCAUGUGUGACUAUAGCCCUAUAAGCCACACCCGUUCGCACGUCUAUGAUAAAUAUGUAGAAACUAUAAUAUACGAUAAUUAUUGUACAUUGUAUCGCUCCGGUGUGUGUUCCGACUAACCCUUAAGCCCUCUGCACUCGACUGACACGUGAUGCCGACGUGUGGGCGAUUUAAAUGAUAUACGAGAUAAGGGCGAUAUGUACGAUUACGGGUGUGCGCACUGAGCGAUUGUCGUCCAAUUAUCAUUAUCAUUGUUUAGCUUAUAUAUCAAUUGAUUAUUGUCAAUGGUUUUUUGAUACAAUUCAAAAAUAAAUAAAUAAAUAAGGUUUUACCCAAUUAAGAUAAGAAUUUUAGUUUGAUAAUUAAUUCACUAAAUCGAUUGAUUGAAAUGUUCAGUCAUAAUAGCAAAUUAUUUCAUCAUUUGCUCUUAAAGCUUCUAAAAUUGUAUACAUUUAGAGAGCGGACAAUGGGAUGGAAGACGGGAGUUCAUCCCCGGGCAUAACAUUUUAGAGGGUGUAAUUUUUGUAAUUAUUAACAACCGAUAUGAUAUUUUUAACUUUACUAAAUACUGUUAUUAUGUUAAAACUCAAUAAGUAUGAUUGCAUAUUAAUUAUUAGAAAAACAUUUUCAAGAAGAGGAUUUGAUCAUAGGUCUACGAUAGGGCAUAAUUUUAAUAUUUUCUCGAGACGUGAAAAUUCCUAUAGUUCCACCUCUGCUGGCAUUACACGAUCAAUAAAUUACUGUCAAUAUCUACGAAUCAUGUUGAUCGUGUAAAGUCCGUUCUGGUCCUUUAGAUAACGGACCGUGCAGAGCAUUAUAGGACACUGGUACUACGUAUCAGUCUUUUAAUCGAUUUGAAUAAUAAAAUUAUAAUAAAACAUUAAAAAAAAUGUUAUGGCUGAAAUGCUAUCGACGAAGAAGAGUCGUAGUAUGCAAACGGUUGCUACUAUAAAAUGUACUAAAAAUAAGUAAUAAGGAGCGAGAAUUUUAGUUUCCCGUAAACCAUCAACUUGACUAUUCCAGUUGUUUCAAACUUACGGCGAUACAUUACAACACAUAAACAUACCUCUCUGUGCACCGUUGUUCCCGAUCGGCUCGUACAACCUUUCCGGCUGAUACUUCAGGAAGCACGAGAGCUACUAAAGUACACUAUUGCUAUAAGUAGGUACUUAGCUAGUAUACUAGAAUACGAGACGUCAUGAAUUCACUACCAUACGCAUCGGUAUGGGACCUGGGCCUGCCGGCAACACCAGCAGACAUGAGUCCUGAGAACAUGGACUAUGGCCUCAGCGACAUGGUCAGGGCCGGUUACUUGGCAAAACUGCGCGAGACACUAAUGUCCAACAUAAGAGAAAACACUGCGAGUGACCGCGGUUCGGCUGAAGACGAAACGGUCGAAAUGUUCGUGGAAAAGUGUUUGGGCGAUAUAGAAAAGGAUGCAAUAAGGAAAUGCAUGGUUGCGGAGAUCUAUUGCGAAGUGAUGCGUAAAACGAUAGAUGAGGUGAACAGCUGCACGGGCACAUCAACGAUCCACGACCGACUGAUGACGACCAUCAUAGCGCAAUCGGACAGUAAAAAUCGUGAAACCGCAUCGACGGUGGAGGUCGCUGUUGUCAAUGUCGAGGAGAGACAACAGAACUCCUGUGGCGACGCGUAUCUACUUCAGUUCCCGACGCAAGCACAAGUCUUCGAUCAACAGGAUGAGCAAAGCAUUAUGGCACUAGCCAUCGAAAAUUUUAAAUGCACAUCAAUGUUUCCGGGAUCAACAACGGAAGACUUUGUGGACCCGAGUACCGUGCGACCCGAGAUGAUUAACAUCGUCAAAAAUGAUAAAAAUCUCAGCGCUAUGGUGGCUACGACGCACGAGUUCAGAAGGAACAUGAAAAGACUACCCCAAGCCAUGCGAGCUCGGAUAAACCAGGAGCUGAACAAUAUGCUUGGUAACUGCCCUAAUCCCAGGUAUCAACCAAUAUUCCUGUCCCUGGAAGAGGAACGGAUCAUCUCCUAUGAAAGGAUCAUGCUGUUGGUCUCAGACCGCAUGAGACCAUAUUUUGAACACGGGCAAUUCACCAAAUCCUCCGAAUUUGAGAUUCUCGUCCAACUCAUAUCAAGGACCUUGAUGAAUAGCGCCAGCGAUCCGACUGAAAGCACGAUAAACAAAAUCAUAGACGGUUUUUUCACCGGUCACCCGUUCAAAACCGUCGAUCAGUUCAUAGCCACCAACCGUUAUUUUUUCCAACCGGAUCGGCCGUUAUAACGGUUCAAACCAAAUGACGUCUCGAUAAUAUACACCGAAAUAUUAGUACACACAUACCGUUUUUGAUAUUAUGACAUGCAGCAAUGGCUUUCAUUGCAUUACUGCUUUGUACGUCAACUAAGAUGUUGUGAAACGCACAAGACUUUGCCGGUUGGCUUGGCUGUGACAGCACAUUAAUAAGGCCCGUUGGCCUAAAUUAAGACGACAAUUAUUUAUUGUUCCUAUUGUAUAUAUGUAUUUAUAUAUUUUGUUAAUGUUUUGUAUAAUAAAACCACGUA